AUGCAAACAUCGAGGGCAACAGCCCGUCUCGCCCUUCACGCGGCCCAUCUGCCGAACCGGUCGUUCAGCACUUCGCGAGCAGUGGCCAAGGAGAUCCAAGACGCAUACAUUCUCAGUGCGGCGCGAACGCCUGUUGCAAAGUUUAAUGGCUCUUUUGCCUCCCUCUCCGCACCCCAACUCGGCGCCGUCGCUAUCAAGUCCGCCCUUGACAAGUCGAAUAUUCCAGUCGGGAAAAUCACAGAUGUCUACAUGGGUCAGGUAUUACAGGGAAACGCCGGCCAGGCGCCCGCGCGGCAGGCUGCCAUUCUCGCGGGACUGUCAAACACAGUUGAAGCCACUACUAUAAAUAAAGUCUGCGCAUCUGGGCUAAAGGCUGUAGUCAUUGCCGCUCAAAAUAUACAAUUAGGGCUCGCCGAGGCUCAGGUUGCUGGAGGAAUGGAAAGUAUGACUCAGGUGCCAUACUACUUGCCACGGUCUAGUCAGUUGCCGGCAUUCGGGAACUUGAAGGUUGAAGAUGGUUUGAUCAAGGAUGGCUUGUGGGAUGUCUACAACCAGUUUCACAUGGGCGUCUGUGCCGAGAAAACUGCUUCCAAACACAACGUUACUCGCGAGGAACAAGAUGAUUAUGCCAUUCAAUCGUAUCAACGCGCUCAACAAGCAUGGAAGGAGAAUAAGUUUGCCGAUGAGAUUGCUCCCGUCACGGUCAAGAAUAAGAAGGGCGAAACAGUCAUUUCGAAAGACGAGGGUUUUGAGAACCUGCAGGCUGAGAAAUUGAGAGGCCUCAAGCCGGCUUUUGUCCGUGAUGGCACCGGGACAGUUACGGCUGGAAAUGCAUCGACUUUGAAUGACGGUGCUUCGGCGUUGGUUCUUGCGAACAAAGAACUCGCAAAGCAAUACGGCUCCGGAAACCGCGCUCUUGCACGCAUCGUCGCAUCUGCAGAUGCUGCUCUAGACCCCGUCGACUUCCCAGUUGCCCCAGCCAAGGCUGUGCCAAUUGCCCUUGAAAGGGCUGGUAUAACCAAGGACCAGGUUGCCGUAUGGGAGUUUAAUGAAGCAUUUGCUGCUGUUAUCAAGGCUAACGAAAAGAUUCUCGGUCUCGAAAAUGCCCGCGUCAAUCCUCUCGGCGGAGCUAUUUCACUCGGCCAUCCUCUGGGUAGUUCUGGCUCUCGUAUUUUGACCACACUUCUUCAUCAACUACAACCAGGCGAGUACGGUGUGGCUGCUAUAUGCAAUGGCGGAGGCGCUGCGACAGCCGUUGUGGUUCAGAAACUGGACCGAGUUGAAUAA